CUUCCUUUUCUUUUCGUAAUCAUUACCUUUAUCGAUCUCAAGUAAAUGUCUGCAUCGAUUAAAGAAAUAAAAUCUUAUAUCUUGUGUAUUUCAUGCUUAAAUCAGUGACUGUGAUAUUUCAAUACCAGUUAUUUCACAUGAAGCCUUGCUAAACAUUCAUUAAUUGUAUAAAAAUAAUGAUUUUCCCUUUUCUAAAGCUCGAUCUUUGUCUAUACAUAUUGUGUUUGCAUCUGACAAUGACUGCUACUCCAGCAUAAUGAUGAGACUACCCACUCAUCCAUGUGCUACACGAAUCACCUCAUCCUCGAUGCUCAUUCACUCACCGACCGCCAUACGAUCAACAUCUUGGCCAUACACCUCCCUCUCGCCUCCACACAUAACUACACACAAUUACACACUCGUGCAGUGUCUAGCUCCCCGUUUUCACCUUUCGACCAUGUGCACGGAGCGCGGACGGUCACUCCCCAGCCGUCGCUAGUGUCGGCGUGAGCCAUCGUGCCCUUCAUUCCACCCCCUUGGAGCAUACAUCUUCGGUGCCGGCAUCGAGGAAACAUUGCUGUGAUUCAUGCGACGACCACUGGCUGGAAAUUAUCAAUAUCAAGUAUCUCUCUUCGUCAUUUAGUCCAGUCUGGCCAUACCCCGUCUGUUGACAAGGUGAAGGGGAAGCACUGAGUCAUAUUCCUUUAAAGCUCAUCUUUCGUUACCGUGCCAUGGCCGACAGAUCCGAUGCAGAUUGCUGCGGAGAUACCAUUACACGCAUCGUCACACGUUUGCACUAACUUCUUCAAACUCUGGAAAAGGAUAUCUCCAUGAUAGAUUCCCCCCACUUGCGGAAUAAAUCGGUUACCCAUCGGAACGGCACGGCUGUCACGUUACUGGAGCCAAGCCGUAUUCUCUCAUACUGCUGAUAUAUUUGAUCAAGGAUUUAUUCAUAUUCUAACCCGAGGGGAUAUAAUGGACUUACAAAACUGACCAAAGGUAGCAGCAAAGUGAAGAAAGAUAUCUUUUGUUUUUGGUGUUCUGUUUAGCUACGCAGUUCAACUUCAUUGAGAACACAACAUAGGCUUCAUCAUUCAUACAUGGGGAGUGCUGUUUAAAGCUCUGUGCCCUUCCUUCAUCUAGCAAUCUGCAUUUGAUACUGUUAUGCAUCUGAGAGCAUCUGCAUGAAUAGAAAUCAGGAAGUUGGAUUUGGGACCCGUUAUCGAAAGGUGCACACUUCAGUUUGAAAACCAUCAUUGCAGACCAGACAAGGAUAGAUGCAAUGCCAUGAGAACACCCUCACCUAGUUAAACCCGACCACCUUCCAUCCCGACCCUCUGAAUAAUUGAGCGAUCCCAUCUUUCGCUUGAAUUGUUUCCUCGUCACCUCGAGAUAGCCAAAACACUUGUGGAUGCAUCCAUUUCUCAUGAGGUUUCCGAUAUUGCUAAUGGAUCUUCCAGUAAGCUGCCAGCAGUAGGGUGUGAAACAACAUGCGACAGACUCAAAAUGGUUGUAAUCUCCGACGGGACAACAUAAAACGAGCAUUGAUGGAUUAAAAAUUGCAACUUACACGACUUCCAUCGUCUGAAGGAAAAAAAUUGUCAUAUAGUCUUUUGAUUGUGUGGUAUUGAAGAGAAUUAAGCAAAUUUGCAACUGAAGAGUUUAGGGAUAAAAAAAGCGGUGACCGGAUCACGAUGAGCGACGCCAUGGAUGACACUCACGCAGACGAGGAUAAACCGAUCUUGCUUGAUUCGCCGAGCGAUACGACAACGACUCCAAGCAGCGACCAAUCCCGUGAGGUGACGUAUGAGAUCCUCAUGCCAAACGAAAAUGAGAGGAGACACAUGGAACAGGACAAUGAAUAUUCAGUGAUACCUGAACUGGACCAAUCAAAUUACACCGAAUUAAUCCAUUCAGAGGUCCCCGAACCAAGUACUUACGAGACCACAACAUUCCAGCCCAAACGAGGACUAGAGUCUAGCCCCGAGCACGGCUGGAAUCCAAACUGGCAAAGGACAAAUGAGAACGAUGAUAACGAUGACUGUAGCCAGUCGGCAUUAAGCAUGGCCGACGCGCAGAGCGUGCAUAGCCAGUCUGCGUCAAGCACGGCGGACGCACAGAGUAUCCACAGCACGCAUAGCAUGGGGAGCGAGACAUCCCCGGAUCAGAUGGACGGAGGCGGCGAUCAUCCAGUCGGGUCACACAUCACAUCACUCAUCGGGAAGCUUAAUCAGACCGAGAUCGUCGGGGCACGCCCCGUCCCGACGUCACUACCCCUCGGAACCAUCGGCAGCUCUGGACCGUACCGCGGAUAUUCCCGCAACCCCGGGCAAACUCUGGUGGGUAGCCCCUCGCAGCCGACGGCAUCGAGGGCCGAGAAGCCGAAGGCAGCAUUCAAGAUGCGGUCUGGAGAGCCGAUCUUGGGCGGCGGAGGUGAGCUUCAAUAUGAUGAAGAUGGGAAGGAAUAUACUGAGUGGACAGAGAAUGAGAUUUACCAAGCUACUGCCCGUUCUGACGAAUACACCGCUUCUCCUCUUCAUCUAGCCCACCGCUUUGAUGCCCUUGAAGUCAAUAUGCUAGAGGGCGGUGUUUACGAGGAUCUGCAGUUUGACGAGAGCGAGCAAGGCUUCUUCAUCGAUGACGAUCUUCUGUACGAGGACAUCCUCGGUCCACCAGAGGAGGAGAUUCCCCUGGAGGACUUCUACGAAUCGGACAACUGCUCCGACUGCUCCUGGGGCUCCGAGGAAUGGGACACCUACGACAGCGAGCAGGAGGAGAUGGUCCACAGCUACGUGGACGCAACGGACCACUCCCCCAAGGGAGCGGUGGAGCGGGGCGGCGGAGGAGGGGGCAAUGGCGGGGGCACAGGAGGCAACCAUGUCGGCAGCUCUCACAGGAGAUCCAUGGUCUCCACGUACAGCAUGGAGAAGGCCCCGCAGAGGGAGGAGGCAAAGCAAUCGUACCUUGAAUGGAUGAAAGACUUGAAGAACCGAGGAGGAUUGGGCAAGGUGCGGACUUUCUUGUUUGGACGUCAAGGAGCAGAGCGCCCUCUCGAAGACAAGGAAGACCUAGAUGAAGAUAAAGAUGACAUUCAUUACAUUGAUGUAAAGCUAUCCCACAUGAAGCACCCACCUCCGACUCUUCCACCCCAGCCAGAGGGGCUUUCCCUGGAGCAGAUCGGGAGGAGACAUGUGGUGCAGGCCAUUGUAGACAGUGAGAGGAAUUAUAUGAUGUCCCUCCAAAGGCUAGUCCAGGCCUACGAGAAGCCUCUUCUUGAGAGUGAGCCCCCGUUGUUGGAGAAGGAGAAGGUAAAGACGAUCUUCUACCGUGUGAGGGGGAUCUACCAAUGUCAUCUAAUGUUCCAGAUCGCCCUCGCUAGUAGGAUAAAGGAAUGGGAUAACAUUGAACAGAUCGGUGAUGUUUUCGUUGCAUCGUUCUCCAAGGCCAUGGUGCUGGAGGUGUACAGCGCGUACGUCAAUAACUUCACACAUGCCAUGGAGACGGUGAAGAAGACUGCAUCACAGAAACCAGCUUUCAGGGAAUUCAUUGAGAGUCGUCAGCAAUCCAGUAGUGACCGACUGAGUCUGUACGGCCUCAUGUUGAAACCAGUUCAGCGCUUUCCACAAUUCAUCUGUCUUCUACAGGAUCUGUUGAAGAGAACACACCAGGGACACCCAGACAGGAUGCCCUUGCAGCUGGCCCUCACCAAGCUAGAGACCCUGGCCAGUGUCCUCAACGAAAGGAAGAAACAGAGUGAGCAGAGGCAUGCCGUCAAACAACUCAUCAAGAACCUCAACGUCAAAUUUUCUUCAAAGAUGUCGUCGGAAAGGAAUCGAUGGUUGAUCAGACAAGAUGAUAUGUUACAAACAGUGAUUGUCAGAGCACGAAGUCACAGAGCAUCGGCUUACGAUGGACAAGGGGAGGAGUUGAAAUGCAAGGAGAGACGGCUCUUCAUGCUGAACGACCUUCUCGUAUGCACUACAGUACUUAACAAUGGCCAGCCAUCCUCCCCAGGAUCAAUGGACAUGCCCAGAUUCAAACACAGGUGGAGCGUUCCAUUGACAGAAGUAGAGGUGAUCAACCCAACGAUAGAGGGGACAGAUAUUGAGAUGUCCUCAGAGCCAGGCAAACUCAAAAUCACUACACAACAUAUGGAUGAACAUGAAUACCUUUACGGUGGCUCAACAAGGCAGUUGUACCAGGAGAGGAAUGACCUUCUUCAUGACCUUGCCGUUGUCAAGCAGCUUGGAGCACUGAUAGGAACACUUAAGGGUACCUAUGGUGUCCUCACAAGAGAUGACAUUGAUGAAUGGAGUGAAAUCAUCAAUAAACUCAUCACAAAGAAAGGGCAAGAAAUCAAGCAGGCAGAUGUCAGUAAAAUUCAGUUAUCACUUCCAUCAGUUCAGAUGGAUCAAAGAGUCACUCUUGUCUUUGAUGCUGUAAGCGCCAAGAUCAAGCUCGAUUGGAUCACGGCUCUGGAGACUGCGAAAUUAGGAAUGAAACCUCAUAACAAUCCUGGCUGGUAUGCACCAGACGAGGGUGACACAACCCAUGCAGAGAUGAAUUUUGGCGUACCCCUCAUCAUGAAAGCUCUUCCCGUCUUCCCUACACGACAACAAGCAAAGUUCCAGUGUUCAGUACUUUGCCCGUUGGAACAACCUGGCCACCGCAGCCGACGGAAAGGUAUCCUCCAGAACGAGGGCGCGAGGAACUGUCUUUGGGUGUGCAGCUCCGACCAGAAGACUUGUCACGUCAGUCUGGUCGGGUUCAUGCCCCCGUCUCCUCAGCUCCUGGAGACGUUUGAGACCACGGAGGGGCGUGUGGUGUGCAUGGAGUGCGUCCCGGGCUGGAGCGGACCGGGACCGAUGGGCGGGUACCUGAACAGGAGGGAGAGCGAGAGGAAGGGGGACUACUGCUUCACCAGGCAUACGGUGUGGAUGGGGACGGAGACUGGAAGGGUGUUAAUUUACAGAAUAAACCAAUCUGACAAGAGUGAGCCCUUAGCAUUCUUCAAAGCCACCCACCCCAUCACAGCUAUACAGUACCUCAACAAUAGAGUCUUCAUGUCUUUAUCCAACGGAUCAGUACUUAUAUACGUCAGGACGAACGAGGGAGAGUGGAAAGUGAAAGAGCCUAGAGUAUCACAGCUAGGCGAGGGAGCUGCAACUUGUCUGUUGGCUGUCCGCAACGACAUGUGGUGUGGAUGUGAAAAUAAAGUACAUCUUAUAGACACUGAAAGUGAAUUCAAACAGGUGAGCUUUGAAGCGCAUGACCCUCACAUGGUGAUUGAUAAGAUGGUCGUAGCGGGUGUUGGCGUCUGGGUCUCCUUUGCCGAGUGUGACAGCAUACGACUCUUCCACACCGAGACUAUGGAGCUACUGCAAGACAUCAGUGUGGGCAGUCCAAUAGGUCGCAUGGUUGCAAGUGUGACGUCCAAGGCCCAGUCCAGCCUCCACAUGACCUCACCUGUCCACGUCACCACCCUCCUGGCCUGCUACGGGUCCCUCUGGGUGGGGACAAACACCGGUAUCUUGGUCAACUUCCCCCUGCCACGCCUAGAGGGGGUUCCCCUCGUCAACGGCCCCGCCAUGGUGUCCUACCACACCCAUAAGGGUCCGGUGAGGAUGCUGAUUGCCAUGGAGCUGAACAGGACCAACGAUAGGGUGCUCUUCUCGUCACGGGAGGAGGACGAAGAAAGUGAUGCCUCGCGAUCGCUGUCAGACCUCAGCACCCCUUCAAGCCGUCUCAAGUCCGGCAGCCAGACCGCCGAUCUCGUCAACAACGCCAUGUCCCCCAUGACCGACUACCUCAAUCUCACGUUCAACAGCAAUGGCAACCCAUCAACAGCAACCAAUGGGGACCAUUCCACUACUACAACAACCACCACCACCAACGGCAUAUCCACAACGGUCACACACUGCCACGAAGCAAAGGAUGACGCGGAUGGGAACCGACCUGGGCGGUUGGGCUCGGCAAGCGAGGUUGAAGUGUCUGCCAACGUCACGAGUACAACAUCGAUGGUGAUCAGCGGCGGGGAAGGGCAUGACUACUUGAUGAGGUUGGGGGAGAACGUAUCAAAAGAAGCUAAGCUUCUUAUGUGGCAGGUUUCAAAUUAACACCAGUGUAUACCAGUUUUUGUUUAUAUCUGAUUUUGUUGGGGGAAAAUGUGACUGAAAAAACUAGCAACUGCAUUUUAUAGUGCCAAGAUUAUGUUUCAAAUCAACUUCAUAAUGUCUUGAAUAGUUCAUAUCACAUUAUCUCCUCUUAAAAGGAAGAAUAUAACUGGAAAUAGACCUUAUGCAUAUGACAUCAUAUUUUCAUAGCGCCCUCUCUCAGAGGAUAUCGGAAUGUUCAUGAACAGAGUUGUCAGAUAUACGCCAGUAGUAGAUCACCAUCGCAUGCAAGGCAAUGGCUUCAGCAUCUAAGAUGGCAGGGCAAUGACAUCAAUGCAUAAGGUCUAUAUUAACAAUUACAUUGUAUUAAACCACAUUUUACAUUUGAUUAAACACGAAGUGGUUCAGAUUGGUAGUAUACUGAGAAACAAACGGGGUUAUUAAGUCUCAAUAAUAAGCUUUGCAAUCAGUUUCACAUUUAAAACGAGCCUUCUGAUUGGUUAAUGGUCAACCUUUAUGUGAAGAAGCCCAUGCAACAACAAUCCUGACUGGUCAAUUCCAAAAUCCAAUAGGUCAUGGAGCUUCAUUGUUGUAUGCUUGGCCCUGUUGCAUAAAAAUAGUGAUCAACAACAAAUAAUAGAAUUCAAUAAUAAUACCCUUCUUGACCAAUCAAAUUGUAUCAUUUUAGUAGCUUAUAACAUUUCUUUGUAACUUGCCAUUGAUGAUAAACAUUCUCCAAACAAGGCAAUGAAGUUUGGGAAUAGUAAAACAAUAAAAGGAAGCUGUGGGUACGAAUCAAUAUAGAUACAAUAAUCUGGAUGAGAAAUUAUUCAGACGUAAAUGCAAGCUUUCUUUUUGGCACAGUCACAAUUCUGUUUCGUAUGAUGUGUUAUUUUCUGAAAUACUCCUAAUGUGUAAUAUUUUGAAAGCAUUAUGGCAGUUCAUUUUGUAUUUUAGUUUUUAGAAGAGUAUAGGAGUAGUUGAAAUGGUUUCUAACCAGUAUUUAAAGCUUAUGCCUAUAAUUGAACCUGGGAAGCAAUUUUGGACAAUUUUGAUUGACAAUAUCCUUGAGAAAGCAAGAACUAAGUGAAUACCGGUACCCAUUUAUCCGCUAUAUAUGUAUGUUGAACGAUUAUUUUAAUGUUUUAGAAAAUAAAGUAGAUGUUUCCAUUUAUCUCCCAUUACAGUAUUGACAGCGUCUUAUCCUUCUAUUUCAGGUAUUAGUAUAUCUUAUGCAUGUUUUCAUUAAGAGUCAGUACUAGUAUCAAAUCAAAAUCAACAUCUCUUGUUAGACAGCUGGAGACAAUAAAGUGGAAUUAUGGGAAUGUAUUUCUCAAACUUUGCCAUAAUAAAUGAUACUAUUCAUAGGCAUGAAAUAAAUAAACAUCUUCCAGUCAUCAAAUUGCAGCAUAAGCGAAUAAAUCUGCAGUUCCUUGACAAAAGGAAGCAACUUUUGUUAUUUUUAAAAAUUGUUUUUAUUCAUUUUUUUAUUUGGGAUAUUUCCUGUGUGCUCUUUAUGAUGCUAAAGGAAUUGGAAUCACACAGCCCUCAAUUUCUGAAACAUAGGUGUUUCAAAGCAAGUAACUCUAUUCUUAAUCAUGAAACAAUGACACAUUUUCUUCAUUUACAAAAAGAAACUUGUUCCACAUUUUUGCUUCCUUUGUCAUGGGACGGCAGAAUUCCUUCGUAAAGCACGGCCUACACCAUGCGAUUUGUUGUGACCUGAUUUUCAAAGAAAUCAUAAUAACAUUUGACAUGAACCUUCUGAUCAAUAAAAUGUUAGCGAUCUGAGG